GCCUCGUGGGGCCAGAACGGCCCGCGGACCGCCGGGCUCAAGGGCCACCUCACACCUUGCCGCCAGGCGAGGACCGCGGGUGUGAGGCCCGCCGCUCCACCCUAGGGCCCGCGGACACAGGUCGCAGCCCCAGCUGCCCGCCCCACAGGACGCGAGGCCGGUACCUGAGAGGGAGCGGAAGAGGCGCGCGGCCGGCAGCAGCAGGUAACACAGGCACGACGCGAUCAUGGCCGGCCGCCUGCCCGCGCCGCCGCCCCUCCAACACCGCCCGCCGCACACCGGUCUCCCUCUGUCUGGUCCCGCCCCGCGCCGCCCAGGCUCCUCCCCCACGCCGCCCAGGCUCCGCCCCCACGCUGCCCAAGCUCGGCCUCGAGCCGCCCAAGCUCCGCCUCCACACCGCCCAGGCCCCGCCCCCGGUCAUCGCUUCAACAACAACAACUUUAUUGGGACUUGAGAUGUGAGCCCUCAGCUCCCGUUCUACCACAUGCCUGCUGCCUCUGCUCUGACAUCGUGGACUCUUAGCUCUCUGCAACUGUAAGCUUCAAAUAAACCCUUCC